AGCGACCAUGGGACAAUAAUUGUUACGGAUAAUUGCUGCACGACAGCUUCCUACGGACUUUUCGUUCCAUCAUUCCUCCAGAGCUGCUCAGCGCAUCAUCAGUCACCAUGGCAGCCGCCACUUCCACCUCGGCGAAGCCGUUCGACAUUGUCGCGACGUACAAUGAGCUGCUCCGCUCCGAUCCAGAUUUGACCAUGCCUAUCGCCGCUAUCGAGGCCUUGGUGCUCCUCCUCACACACUCCCCUUCCUCGACGAUAUCAGAGACGCUCGAUCUGCUGGAGAAAUCCACCGCACACUUAAAACAGUCGAUCCCGAACCCCAUUGGCCUCUCCGCUGGAACCGAUCUCUUCCAGCGAUACCUGAUCACUACGCUACAGAGACCCGGUCAGCUUGGACCCGCCGGGGACUUCAACGCUAUCAGGGCGCACCUGCUGUCCAACGGCCGGCUGUUCAUCAGACGUGCGAAGGAAAGCCGAGACAAGAUUGCGGCGUUCGGAAGAGGCUUCGUCCGGGACGGAAGCACGGUCCUGACGAACGGUGGCUCCAGAGUCGUGGCCUCGCUGCUGCAGCAGGCUGCCGGUGAGAAGGGCGGCCCGUCCGCCGUUCGAUUCCGGGUGAUCUACGUGCUGUCCCCGGCCAAGGGCGAUGUCGAGGGCUCGUCCGCGGAGCCCGAGGGUAUGGAGACGGUCCGCGCGCUGCGUGAGAAGGGCGUCCCGGUGGCCACGAUCCCGGAGUCCGCCGUCGCGUACUCGCUUGGCAAGGCCGACGUGGUCAUUGUCGGUGCGGAGGGUGUGGUGGAGAACGGCGGAAUCGUGUCGAGAAUGGGCACCUACCAGAUCGGUCUGCUGGCCAAGGCCAUGGGCAAGCCUUUCUACGUUGUGGCGGAGAGCCACAAGUUCGUCCGUCUCUACCCGCUUGGACAGUACGACCUGCCCAUCGAGCAGCGCGUGAUCGACUUCAAGACCGAGGAAGAUGUCGCCGACGAAGCCACGCAGCAGCAGCAACAAGCACAGCCCACGCCCAACGUCAAGUCGCCAGAUAGCUCGGACGUUGUUGACUACACCCCUCCCCAUCUGAUAUCCGCACUGAUCACAGACAGCGGCGUCUUGACGCCAAGUGCGGUGAGUGAGGAGUUGAUUAAGAUCUGGUUUUAGUUUAUGCUUCCCGUGCCCGAUCAAGAGAGGUGGAGGGAGUUGCAGCUUGUGGUAUCAGUUGAAUGAAGCGGAUUUUGGCGUUCUAAGGUCAUGAUAUAUCCCAACGCUCAAGGCGUUUGUCGGCUUGGAAUGAUGGUGUGCCUCGUUGUUUCUAAUCAGACAAAAAAGUACAAUAGAUUUGUGACUACA